ACUUGUCGCCCAGUCUUUAACUCACUUUUACCUUUUUCCUCUUUCAUUCGGAAACCCUAGCUUAAGUGUAAACGAUGGCAGGCACGUACGGGUACGAAGGCGGCGGAUCUGCUCCGCCGUCUGGUGGCGGAGGCUACGGAGGUAGCGGCGGCGGAGGAGGCGGUGGUGGUUACGGUGGUUCUGGAGGCGGCGGGUAUGGAUCAGGUGGUGGAGGAUAUGGCGGUGCAAGCGGCGGUUAUGGAGGCAGCGGAGGGUCAUACGGCGGUGGAGGUGGUAGAGAUGGUGGUGGUGGUGGUGGUAGAGGAGGUGGAGGAGGAUACGGUGGUAGUUCACAUAGUCGAGGAGGUGGCGGCGGCGGAUACCAAGGAGGAGGAGAUCGUGGAGGUCGCGGCGGCGGCGGCGGCGGCGGUCGUGGUGGAGGAAGUGGUAAGGAAGGUGAUUGGCGUUGCCCUAACCCUAGCUGUGGAAAUUUGAACUUUGCUAGAAGAGUUGAAUGUAACAAAUGUGGUGCACCUUCACCUGCUGGUUCUGACGAUCGUGGUGGCAGAGGUGGUAGCGGUUAUAACAGAGGUGGAAGUGGUGGGGGAUAUGGAAAUAGUCGAGGGGGAAGAGGCGACAACUAUGAUGACAGAAAUGCUGGAGGUGGUAGAACAGGUUCUUAUGGUGGUAGUCAGGGAAGAGAUGGUGGUGGUUAUGCUCAAGGUCCUCCACAUGCUCCUCCAUCUUAUGGGGCAGCUGAUAGCAACUAUCCACCACCAUCUAAUACCUAUGGUCGGAACCCUGAUGCCGUCCCCCCGCCCACGAGUUAUGUUGGUGGACCUGCAUCUUAUCCCCCUUCAUAUGGUGCCCCUGGUGGCUAUGGUGGGGAUAAAACAGCUAAUGCCCGUGGGGGUGGAAGGGGUGGCCCACCGGGAGGAUAUGAUGGGGGAUAUGGCGGUGGUCAAAGGAAUGCAGGUGGUUAUGAUAGUUCCCCAGCUGAGGCUCCGGAAAAGGUCAAGCAAUGUGAUGAGAACUGUGGAGAUUUCUGUGACAACGCAAGAAUAUAUAUCUCAAAUUUGCCUCCUGAUGUGACCAUUGAAGAACUUAGAGAACUUUUUGGGAGCAUUGGACAAGUGGCAAGAAUCAAGCAAAAACGAGGCUACAAAGACCAGUGGCCUUGGAGCAUAAAGUUAUACACUGACGAACAGGGAAAAAACAAAGGAGAUGCUGUUUUGUCAUAUGAAGACCCUUCUGCAGCGCACUCUGCGGGUGGCUUUUUCAAUAACCAUGACUUCAGAGGGUACAAAAUCAGUGUUGCGAUGGCUGAAAAGUCUGCACCAAAGCCUGCUCCAGCUUUUGGUUCUGGACGUGGAGGUCGAGGAGGUUAUGGUGGCGGCGGCCGCAGGGAUAACUACAGAGACAGUGGAGGUUCUGGCCCGGAUAGACAGUCUCAUGGUGGAAACCGUUCACGUCCUUAUUGAGUUUCAGCCAAGCAUCUUAUGUACUAAAAAUUUGUGGUGGGAGGGUUUUUUAUUAGUUCCAUUUCAAGAUAUACUCUGUGACUAAGAGGUAGGUUGAUCACUCAUUUGCACUUCGAGCAAUAUAUGCUUUUUCUCCUUUCUUUCUGCUUCUUGGGGUGUAGGAAUGGAUGGGGUUUUGAAGUCCCUUUUUUUGAUAUGUUGAAUGUUUUGAUAGAGGCUACUGGAUAUUCUGCAAAUUGCUGCUAAGGUAGGUGAAAAUAUUCAGGUGAGUGAUACUACUGUGAAAACCAAAAUGCUCUGGUAAUUCUAGCUGAAUGAUGUUUUCUUCUCUAUAGGUGAUUGCUGCAUCUUGGCGUGAAGCCUGAUAUAAUGAUUCGCUGACUCUAUUAUAUGGCACAUAACUACUUGAGCUGUUAUUUUUGCUUUUGUGUGCCUGCUAGUCCAGAUUUUUUUUUUCUUUCUUUCUUUCUGUGGAAGAAUGUUUAGUAGACUUCUCAAGUAGGCAGCUUUCCGAGAA